UUUUUUGUUUUUUUACUUUAUUUUAACUAGAGUUGCCUUGUUCCUGAACAAUUUUUUCACAAUUAUCCCUCAAAAAUUGAAAAUCCCAUCUUCAACACCCGCCCUAGAGCGUUUAGAUGCAACCCUACUUUUGUGCUUUAAUUUAUAGUUUUGUGCGCUUUUCUCUAUUUUCCUUUUUUAAAUUUACCGUUUUGGCGCAACUUUUUAAAAUUCUUUAAUUGUUUUAAUUUUGCUUAAGUAAAUUUAGUUUUUCUUAUUUAAAAUUAAAAGAAAAUGGCUCUUUGGAUUGACAAAUAUCGUCCACGGGAAAUGUCAAAACUUACUUUUCACAAGGAACAAUCAGAAAAAUUAUCUUCACUUGUAACUGACGGGGAUUUUUCUCAUCUUUUAUUUUGCGGGCCAGCAGGUGCUGGAAAGAGAACAAGAAUUAAUUGUUUACUUAAGAAGAUUUAUGGGAAAGGUGUAGAAAAUAUUCAUGUCGAAACUCAUCAUUUUUCAAUUCCAAGCGGAAAAAAACUGCAAAUAUUUGUUGUAAACAGUAAUUAUCAUAUUGAAUUGACGCCUAGCGAUGUUGGUGUUUAUGAUCGAGUUAUUGUACAAGAAAUUAUUAAAGACAUGGCACAAGUACAACAAUUGAAUAGAGCGUCACAAAAGGCAUUUAAAGUUGUUGUUUUAUUGGAAGCAGAAAAUCUUACUAAAGAAGCCCAACAUUCGUUGAGACGAACUAUGGAAAAAUAUGCCGCUAAUUGUAAAAUUAUUCUUUGUUGUGAAUCUGCAAGCAGAAUAAUUGAACCACUUAGAAGUCGUUGUAUGGUUAUUCGAGUGUCUGCACCUUCUGAUGAAGAAUUAUUAAAUUGUGUGGAGAAUGUUUGUACCCGUGAGCGUGUCCAAGCAACACAUGAAUGGCUUCGAAAAUUAGCUGAAAAAUCUAAUGGAAAUUUGCGUAGAGCUCUUUGUUUACUUGAAUGCAGUGUUUCACAAAAUGGACAUAAUUUAGACAAGCAGCCAAUUGUUGAACCAGAAUGGGAAGGUUAUAUACGAGAUAUAGCUAAAUUAAUUGUUCAGACUCCAACUCAAAAUGGUUUAUUGGAUAUUCGUAAUCGUUUUUAUGAAUUACUUUGUCGUUGUAUUCCUUCUUCAAUUAUUUUUACGCAUUUAAUUCUUGAAUUAUCAAAAAUUCGAGAUACCUCGCCAAUAUUUCCUUCAAUUGUUUCAACAGCUGCUGAAUAUGAACAUUCAACUCGUUUGGGAAGUAAAGAUAUUAUACAUUUAGAAGCUUUUGUGGCUACCGUUAUGAGUUUGAUUGUUGAAAAAAGAUUGCAGAAAAUUUAA